AUGGCUAUCCUCAUGCCUGACGACAACUUCCCAAUCCCCGAACCCCUGAAAAAUGCUGAAACCUGGCGCAAUCGGCACACGUUCCAUUAUUUCACGACCGAAUGGAAGCCGACGGAAACCAAUAUUCAGAAACUCCACGAAAACAGCACAGCAGGGCCGCCAAAUGACCUACGGCCGGAGCUCGUCACCUGGCAAACGGCUGAGAAGCCGCGAUAUUUUGUUUUCACAGCCCCGCGAUUUCUUGAAGUCGACCUCGACAAUUACACGAUGAUAAAGACCGUCACGGCCGUUUUCACUGAGCAUUUGGUCGACAAGGAUUGGAACCGAAAUUCGUAUCAAAUUGAGAAAAUCAACGACGGAGCCGCGAAGCAGGUUCCCGAGACACCGUUAGAAGCUGAAAAUGUGAGACCGGAAGUACCACGCACAACAAAACACAGUUUCUCGAGUUUUGAAUUGUUCCUACUAUUUUUAAUGGGCAUGGGUUUACUAUUCCUCGCCGUCUGCAUCAUGGGAUUUGUUUGCCUUUGGUGUCUGAUGGCAGAAUAUUUUUACGGAAAGUACAUCGAUCGUAACCAUCGACCAACAUCCCCUGGU